AUUAAACUCUAGUUGAAAUUUCAUAUAAAACAAAUGAGUGCAGGACGAAUUAGUCAAAUAGCAGCAUCAUGCAUUUAAGAUUAGCAGUUUUUUGUUCUUUGUUAUAUUUUACGAACAAAGGGGUAAUUGCAUCCCUUUUAAGUGCAACACAGUCCGAAGACGAUGAUUUAAUAGUUGAAUUGGAGAAUUUAGGCAAAAUCCGUGGACAUAUUCUUCAAACUACCGAAGGAAAAAAUUUCUACGCUUUUCAAGAUAUUCCCUAUGGAGAAUCCACAGCAGGAAAUAACAGAUUUAGGCCCCCCAAACCUCGUGCUCCUUGGGAAGGAAUAUUGAAUGCAACAGAAAACAAAGUAGUUUGUCCACAAUCACACAAUCCAGAUGCAGGUGAAGACUGCUUGGUUUUGAACGUUUAUACACCAGUAAAACCAAGUUCCGGAGCAUUAUUACCAGUAUACUUUUUUAUUCCUGGCGGAGCAUUCGUCAGUUUGAGUGGCCAAAUAUCAUAUUUGGACCCAGAGUAUUUGGUUGAUUUUGAUAUAAUCGUCGUGACAUUCAACUAUCGACUGGGAUCAUUUGGAUUUUUAACAACCCUUGAUGAAAAUAUCCCCGGUAAUUUAGGACUAAAGGAUCAACUUUUGGCCCUUAAAUGGACACAUGAUCAUAUCCAUCAAUUUGGAGGUGAUUCUGACAAAAUAACAGUAGGUGGACAAAGUGCUGGAAGUAUGUCUGCUGGAUUUCAUUUGCUCAGUAGAGCAACUAAAGGCUUAUAUAGGGGAAUUAUUCAAGAAAGUGGCUCAUCAAUAUCCAGUGUCUUUUAUCCAACAAACGAUAGAGAACUGGCAUUUGAAUUUGGUAAAGCCUUAAACAGUUCAUUUACAUCAACCGACUCAAGAGAUUUGUUAGAACUGUUGCAACAAGCAUCUUAUUCAGAUCUAUUGGCUCUCAAUAGUAAGUUCACCUCUGGAGCCACAGCUGGUUUUAUGAAUGGCUUGACGUUUAAACCCGUUAUUGAGGAUGACAACGAUGAUGCUUUUAUAACGGAACCAAUGCAUGCUGCUCUAUUGGACGGCCGUUUUAACCUUGUACCUGUUCUCAUCGGCUUCAAUUCUGAAGAAUCUUUGUCUUUCCUAGGACAAAUUGGAGAACAAAGUAUCGAAGAAAGGGCCAAAUUACUUGAUGAAAAUCCAGCAAAUGUAUUACAAUCCCUCAAUGUAUCUGUAGAAGACAGAGAAAACGUUGGUAAAAAAUUAAAAGCAUUAUAUACUUCUUCUUCUUUUACUGAUGAUAGAAAUGCAUUGAUAACGUUUACAAGUGACGAAGUUUUUGUACGAUCAGCAUUACGUCAAGCUGAAAGCGCAUCUAGGUACGUACCUGUGUAUCUGUAUGAGCUAACAUGGUUGCCAGAGAAUAGUACUGCUCAAGGAGUCCCGCAUGCAGCAGACAUGCCGUAUUUGUGGGGUGGAGAUUCUCAUGGCCAAAAAAUUAAUGAAAAUCUUCGAAAACCUAUAUUAAAGUGGUGGACUAAUUUUAUUAAAUACCAGAACCCCACUCCUGAAAAGGAUGAAGAUCUUCAAAACGUCAUUUGGUCAGAAGUAAAACCUGACGCUGUAAAAUAUUUAGAUAUAGAUUCGCAGUUCACAGUGAAGGAAAAUCCCAAAAACUAUUACAGUAUUAAGAAUCUGUUGGAUCUUUACAUACGUCCACCCUACAUAACUUAUUAAAAGCCAUAGAAUAAAACAACAUUGUCUUUUAUAGAAAUAAAUAUAUUAUAAAAACGCACUUUUUUGUA